GUAAUCAGGGUCAAUUUUAAAAAUUCAAUAUACAAGAGGUGGCAAUAAAAUCAAUAGGGUGAAGUUUAGUCGGGUUUCAAUUGGAUCGCAAACACAUUACGAAUCCGCUUCGUCCUACUCAAGCUGCGUUUAGCUCCAUCGAAGGGGAAACAAAAUGGUACAAUGGCUAAGCUUUGUCAAAGAAGCUUCCAAUACAUCUAUGGCGAUAGUAAAGUUCUUCUGCGUCCUUCACGUCACUCGUACAUAUCUUCUUGAUGUUUCUUAUGCAACUGGUCCUAGCAUGCUUCCUACCUUAAAUAUCGAAGGCGAUGCACUCUUAAUCGAUCGAAUUUCUCCUCGAUUUCGUAAAGUUAUUCCAGGGGAUGUUGUUAUUGUAUGCUCGCCGGAAAACCCUAGAAAACUUGUAACAAAGCGAUUAAUUGCUAAGGAAGAUGAUAGUGUUACGUUUCUUGUUGAUCCUAAAAAUAGUGACAAAUGCAAAACUGUUGUGGUGCCAAAGGGGCAUGUAUGGGUGCAAGGAGAUAACAUAUAUGCAUCAAGAGAUUCAAGAGACUUUGGCCCUGUUCCUUAUGGUCUUAUUUAUGGAAAAGUAUUUUGGAGAAUUUGGCCUGUUAAACAUUUUGGACGGUUAUGAUAGUUCCUCAGCCAGCAAAAAGGCAUGCAUAAUUCAUUGCAUAAUGUUUUGACAUCCAAGACUUGCAGGUUGUUGAGCUGAGAUUUCUGUUUAUAACUUAUCUUGCAAUUCCUUGAAGUAUGAAAGCAGACCCAGUUUGACGGUUUAAACAAAUGUUCUUGAGCAUAGGGUCUUUUAUUGAAACAAGCUGGAUGAUUUUCGUGGCUGGAUAUGGAGAUUGUUAUGGUUUCAACUAAUUAUGUUUGUGUUCAAGCGAGGCCACCUAUAGAACGAUAAGCUUAUAUCUUCGUAGAUGCUCCUCCCUUCCCCUUCCCGUUUCAAUUACAUGGUGCCUCAGAUGUGCCGAAAUGCCUUCGCUGGAUUUUGACUUGAUGAACACUUUGCUACCAAAAUGACUUCACAUUUUCAACUUUUGUUUUUACAAUAUUGUAUUAUAUAUUUUUUAGUUAAAUAGCUUCUAAUUUCCAUGCUCAUUUGAGCAUUACUAGUGCUUAUCUUUCCAUCUUACCCUAGGUCAUUGUUUGAUUCAAGGUUUUGUUACUAGGAUCGGAAAUGAUUGGUGGUUUUAUUUAUAAAUAUUUCUAUGGCAAAAAGCCUUGUUAUUGAGCAAUGAUAGUUUUCCACACAACAUAUCACUAUUAGAUGCAAGUAUUUUAAAAGGCAAAUAUAAUAUCGUAUUCAAUAAUCAUGUAAAUCAAACCAAACUCGGAGUUCUUAUUUCUUUUGUACAGAUUGGAUGGUUGUCUUAUAUGAACAUUAAUUUUAUCUAUUGAAUGGGCAUCAUUCUAUUCUAUUUGAAAAAUAUUCAAUUUUUCAUCAAGCGUGCAUCCAUUUCAAAUGUCAAUACACGGUAAGAUUAUGUAUUUAUUAUUAUUAUUAUUAUUAUUAUUAUUAUUAUUAUUAUUAUUAUUAUUUGUUUGGUAUGAGAAUUGGAAGAAAUGACAUUUGGUUGAGGAGAGUCGCAACUAACAAUCAUGUUUACAAUUUUUGAAAUGUAAACUCACUUUCC